UAAAUUCAAACGAUAAAAAAAAAGAAAGAAAGAUUAUUCAGUAGCUUUACAUCAAAAAAAUUAAAUCAUUAAUUUAAGUGUUUAAAAUAUCAUUUUAGUUCCUGAAAAUAUGUACAUUUGAUAGCCAACAUCUACUUUUACAAGGAUCAGUUGAAGAAAAUCUUAAUCAUUAUUCACAAAAAAGUUGUGAUUAUUAAAAAUAGUGAGAAAAAUAAUAAUGGAUCCUGCGAAAGAAAAGGAAGUAGAGGACGAAUAUUUGUCGUCGCUAAUGGACUUGAAUGUCAACAGCAAACCUUUAAUCAAUAUGUUGACGAUGCUUGCAGAAGACAACAUGGAAUGCGCACAUGUGAUAGUUCGAGCGAUAGAAAAACAUUUGGCACAGGUAUCAUUCGAUGUCAAAUUGCCGAUUCUUUAUCUGAUUGAUUCGAUCGUUAAGAAUGUUGGAGAUAAAUACAAGCAGCUAUUUGCACAAAAUAUUGUCAAUAUUUUCUGUGGUGUCUUUGAGAAGGUGAACGAAAAAGUUCGUGAAAAGAUGUUUAAUUUACGUCAAACAUGGAAUGAUGUAUUUCCUCAAACAAAAUUAUAUGCAUUAGAUGUCAAAGUAAAUGUUAUGGACAGUAAUUGGCCAAUUACAGCAAAAGUCGUUCCGAAAUCCGUUCAUGUCAAUCCCAAUUUUUUAAAGAACUCGGAAAAGCAAGCAAAAGAAGAUUUAUUGAAACAAAUGCAGGCCAAAGAACGUGAAUUGCUUGAAUUAAGACAGCGAAAAAUUGAACUAGAACUUCUAGUUACCAAAAAGAAGAUUGCAGAACAAGAAAAAGAAAUUCGAAAACCGUCUGCAGGAGUUCCAUCUUUAUCUUCUGUGGCUGUUAAUCCAAGCAUGAUACCACCAAUCGCUAGUACAGCAAUCCCUACAAUGCAGUCACAUCCAGGUCAUCAUGGUGGGAGAAUUCGCAUAACUCCAGUUAGUUCUGCAAUGAUACAAAGACCGCGUGAUCCACGUCUUUUAAAAUCACGUGCAACAGUUGAGAAUACAGCUGUUAAUAAUCAACAAUUAAUGACGCCGUCAUUAACGUCCAUCGAUAUUCUUGGGAAUAUGUCAGCUACAAAGUUGUUGCCAAGAAUUCCAAAAUAUAGCAGUUCUAAAUCGUCUAGGGAACACGAUGAACGAGAUCCAAGAAAGCGACGUGAGAGGGAAGAGCUUAAAGGAAGCAAAAGCAGUGAAUUAACGUCUCGAGAAAAAAGCAGAUCCUUGAAAUCAUCUUCGUCAUCAGUUGAUCGUAAAAAGUCUAGCUCAAGUAGCAGUGAAUCGCCAAGAAAAAGUCGUGAUGAUGAUAAGAAGGCAUCAAAAAGUGGCUCGUCUCAUCAUAAAUCGUCGCAUUCGAGGUCUCAUUCAUCAAAAAGCUCAACAAAGAGUACAAAUGGUGAAAAUAAGGGGAAAGAAGAUGUUGAUUUGAGGAUAAUGCCAGUCCUUGACACAGACAUGAGACAACAACAACAGCCACAGCAAGGAGAAGGAGAAGAGGAGAAUAGUACAACGAGCGAUAAACUUAAUAAAAAUAAGCUUCUAAAUGAACUCCUUCACGAUGAAGAUAUGAAGACUAGUCAAGAUAUGAUGAUAACAACAAGUAAUAACGAAGAAUCGGAAACUGAGCCAAAACUAUGUGAUACAGAUUUAAGGUUUGUGGAACCGAGCAAGAAGAGAUCAAUGAGUAAUGAACCUUUAGAAACGGAACCAACAAAUAAGAAGAAUAAGACCGAAACGGAUACGUUGUUUGGGAGCGAAGAUGUCGACUUGAGAGCACUUAAUGAGAAACCCAAUGAGCCACAACCGGAGAAAAAGAAAACACAAAAAGGAAAAUCAUUUGAAGAACUUCGAGAUAGACUUAAUGCAUCGAGAAGAGCUAAGCCAGGAAUUAAAAUCUUGGAAGAAAUUCAGCCAAUGCCAAUCAAUGAGAACGGGGAAUUAAAUAAGAAAAAUCUUAAUAAGAAAAAGCAUGAAACAAAAGAAACUCUUACUUUGUCUCAAACAAUUGCGAAUGAUAUGAAUGAGCGAAAAGAAUCACCUCCAAAAAUAAUUCUACCAAAUAUUCAUACACAGCUACCACCGAAAAUUGAAGAUGAAAGGAAAGAAGAAGUCAUCGAUUAUGGAAGUAUGACAGCUGCAGAAUUGAGAAAAGCGACUUCAGUUCCAACAAACAUUCGAAAAGAAAAGAGGAAAGAGACAAAAUGGAGUCAGCCAACGAUGCCACCAGCAAUUCCGUGGAUGAACGUGAAUCGACAAGCGCCAGUUCCAAACAUGAUUCCAUUGCCUCAACAUUUCACAAAUCCCUGGGAAACAAAUCCAAUGGUUGUGGCUAUGCAAAAACAAAGUCAAAUGCCACUUGUUGUACCACAAAGUCCAUCUCAGCCAGUUUUGAAUAAUAAAAUGCGAACAUUACGUUUAGACGGAACUCGUGAUCAUUUAUUACGCUUUUAUGGGGAAGUUGCUAUAAUUUUCAAUGAAUUGGGAGAAGCACAUGAUAUCAAGUUUAGUUCAGGACAGAGUAAAGUGGUAAUUGAUGAUGCAUAUAGUGCUUUUUUAGACUUCAAUGAUUCAUAUAAGCCUAUCAUUGUUGAUGGAAUUUUACAUCAAAUAAAAUUUGGAACUCCAACAAGAGAAUUAUAUAUUGAUGAUCAUUUCUAUGAAUGCUACUUUAACAAUCAACCAACUCAAAUUAUCUUAGGCGAUAAAGUUCGUAGAAUUCGUAUUGAAGGAAAGGCACCAGAAGUAAAGAUUGGAAUUAAGCGCAACGAUAUCGUUUUGGGACUUAUUAAUAUGAUGAUUGAUGCUGAAUUAAUGGUGCCCGUUUUUCUCGACACAACGCUUCAAUAUUUUGAAUAUAAAGGACAAAUUUUUACAUUGCAAUUUGCUGACUUUUUCUUAAGCGUCAUUAUCAACAAUGAUCCAUUUAAAGUUGAAUUUGGUGGAUUGCCAAAGAACUACAUUUUAAAUGGGCAAAAACAUUUCAUUCGAUUUACUGUGCUGCCUGAUGAAGUUAAUCCUGGAAAGGUUAAUAUGAGAGGAAUGCGUAGAACUCAUUUAUUCAGAAACUGCAAAUCACCACCAUUAAUGGAUGCUAUUCCUGAUCACUUGAUGCAUACUAAGCUUCCACCACCAAUGGAUAAUAAUAUGGAUAUAUCUAAAUUAGUAGAAAAUGAUAUGAGAGUACAGCCACCACAAUUACCUAUUAACACGAGCACAAUGCCACCAAAUAUGAUCCCAGGAAUCGGAAAUGAAACUUCAAUGCCUGAUUUAAAUAUUAGUGAAUUAUUACAAAAACUUGUAGCCACAGGAAUUAUUGGAAACAAUGCAAAUGCUGGACAAUCAAGUUCAUCAGCACAACAAACAAAUGAAAAUAAUAAGAAUAAAAAGGAUGUAGCUGAAAAAGAUGAUAGUCGUGUCCAAAAAUCACAACCACAAAAAGAAGAAGUGAGAAUAAUUCCCGUCAAUUUGAAUCGUCCUGAAACAAUCAAGAAACGACAACAAGCUAUAAUCGACACAUUAUAUUCUGGCUUACAAUGCAGCAGCUGUGGUCUUCGAUUCCCCUUAGAACAAUCCAUUAAAUAUAGUCAGCAUUUAGAUUGGCAUUUUAGACAAAAUCGUCGAGAACGUGACAGCAAGCAAAAAGCUCACUCGAGAAAAUGGUAUUAUAAUCAAGCUGAUUGGAUCAGAUACGAAGAGAUCGAGGAUCUUGAUGAAAGAGGAAUGAACUUCUUUGAGACACAGCAAAUGGAAGCAAUGGAUCAAGGUGAAGAUUCAAAUGGAGUUCCACGUUCAAUGGGCAAUCAAGAAAGUGCAAUCAUUAGUUGUGCAGCAGCUGCAGAUGAUGUAAAUAGAAGCUGUGAUAUGUGCCAUGAUCGAUUUGAACAGUUCUUUAAUGAAGAAACUGAAGAGUGGCAUCUGAGGUCUGCAAUUAAAGUAGAAGAAAAAUUCUUUCAUCCAAUUUGCUAUGAUGACUAUAAAGCUUCACUGACAUUAGAUGAAUCAGCAAUGAAUGAAAUCGUAAAUGAUUCAAAUGUCAAUCAAAAUGAGGAUAUUGACAUGACAGAAGAUGGUAUUGUAAUCGUUAAGGAAGAGAAAUCAGCAGUAAAGUCUGAUAAUACAAUAAAUGGUGAUGACGAUGAUGUCAUUGUACUGCCACAAGAAGAACCAGUUAUUACAGAAAUUCCCGAUGAAACAGAAACAGAACAAGGCGAAAAGAAAGAACAGGACGAGAAUCACAUGCCUAAUGUUACAGACGAUGAUGUAAUGAUUCAGGAGCCUAAAAUUGAGACACAAAUUGUGAAUGAUGAUGACGACGAUGAACUUAAUAGAGGUACUUUACAAGAAACAUCACAUCCUUUUAUAGUUAAAAUUAAGGAAGAACCAAAAGACGAUGGAUACGAAGAUGAAGUCAACGAAGAAGACCCAUUUGUGGAAGUUACAUCGAUUAAUGAAGACGAUUUAAUGCUUGAUGACGCGCCUACGCAUUCACCAUUCCAUCCAGCAACAUUAGAUGAAAACGCUAUUUUUGACGAGUCAUCUUUGAUAAUGUCUCAAGCAUCUCCACAUAAUUUAGUGGAUGAUUUCUUAGAUGAUGAAAAUAAUUCACGUCCCGAUUCAAAUGGAGGAAUUGGGGCGUUUGUUGGUGGUAAUAAAAAAUUGAAAAUUGUUCUUUCAUCUUUGGUUCAAAAUAAUUUAACAAAUAAGAAUUUAAGUAAUAAUGUAAAUACCGAACAAAAUGAUAAUAGCAAUAUAGAUUCAAUCAAUAAAUUAGUAGAUUCCAAUAGCGUUGAUUUACACGGAGCAGAGGAUCGACCGAAUUGUGAUGAAAAUAAUCAAGACGACACAGAACUAUCCUAUAAGUUAAAACCUCAUUUGCAAGGAUUUAAGUUUGAAAAGAAUUCAAUUCCAGUGAAAAGAGGAAUCGAAACGUCAGGAUUAUGUUCAAUCAUGUAAAAAUAUCGAGCGUAAUGCGACACAAAUAAUGUAAAAAUUAUAUUUUGAAACACGCAUCCUUUUCAAAUUUAUGCAUAAAAUUAAUAUCAACGAUAAAAUUAAAAAUAUUUAAAACUUUACAGGAUAUCACUUGUUAUUGGAUUAUUAUUUUGAAUUUUUCUUUUAAAUUGUAUAAUUUCCCCAUUCAGAACCAUUUGCGCCUGAGUUUUUCAUCAAAAAAAGAAUUAUGAAUAAAAGGAGAGAAAUAAAGAAGAAAAUUUUCUAGAAAAAAAAACUUUUAAUAAUGUUGUAAAAAUUUAUUUUAUUAUCUUUUGUGAGUGUUUAUGCACAUUUAUCCAUGGAAUAAGAUUAAAUAAAGCUUAAUAGAAAAAUAAAAGUAACUUCUCUUAUCAUUCAUUCAACCUGCAUAAUUUGACUUUCAACAAUCUUUUCUUUCAGUUGCUUAAGAUAUUUUUUUGAAAUGAACUUUAAUUCCAUGUGCUGAAUGUUGUGUGAAUUUCCAUCCCAGUUCUUAAAUUUUUCAAAAUUAACUGGAUCGGUUAAGUCGACUAAUUCAAUUCCACCAGCACUAAAGUUUUUCAUAUCCUUAUCCAACGACAUUUUGAUGAUUGAUUCUCGAUUAGCAUGCUGAUUCUGUCGUUUCUUAUUAACUUGUGUCUUUAAUUUGAUCUGUUCUAAUUCAUCGUCGAAACGAUGGAAGUACCUGU